AUGCGCGCCUUCCAGUUCCUCGCGGCUCUUGCCAUCGCCCUCCCCUCCGUCUCUGCCUGUGUGGGAAAGGACUCUCUCCCUACCGCCACCAAGACCGUCAGCGGCGAUGCUCCCAUCGAAGUUGCCGCCGGCGAGAGCUACGACGGCAAGAUGCAGCGUUUCGACAGAGGAGCCGGUGCCUGCAAGGCCCAGACCGAGGGUGGCCAGAAGGACGCCGUCUUCGUCCUCCGCAAGGGCGCCACUCUGAAGAACGCCAUCAUCGGCAAGGACCAGAUGGAGGGUGUCUACUGCUUGGGUGGUGGCUGCACCAUCGAGAACGUCUGGUUCGAGGAUGUCUGUGAGGACGCUAUUUCCGUCAAGGAGGAUGAGGCUGGCACCGAGACCAGAAUCAUCGGUGGUGGUGCCUACAAGGCCGCCGACAAGAUUGUCCAGCACAACGGAUGCGGUCACGUCAGCAUCUCCAACUUCUACGCCAACGACUACGGCAAGGUCUACAGAGCUUGCGGCACUUGCGAUGCUUGCAAGCGUACCGUCAGCAUUGAGGGUGUCUCUGCCUACGGCGGUGGUGAGAUUGCUGGCAUUAACGAGGGCUCCGGCGACGAGGCCACCCUUGUCAACAUCUGCACCGACGCCAAGACCCAGUGCCAGCUCUACGACGGCACCUCCAAGUCUGGCACUUGCUAA